GUUGGCUUAUCUGUGCCUUCCAUUUUUUAUUAUCUUUUAUUUGAGAUCACCUCUCACAUGGUAGCAACAAUGGAAAACUUCAAUGAUGGAGAGAAAAAAUUCCUUGUUGAUCUCUUCAUCAAAGCAAGAAAGGAACUUGUGGCCGGUUUGAUCUUUGAGUCUCCCGGGGAAUAUUUAGGAGACAUCGGAGAACUGUCCAGCCCUGCUGCCAUUAGAAAUGACACCCAGCUCCAAGCUCAAUCCGAAUCCGAGAAAUAUCUUUCUACCAUUGACAAAGCAAUUCACCAUCUGGAUGAUAUGAAACAGGCCCUAGCUGGCACCAGCAAGGAGGGUGCUGAUAGGCUCUAUACGGAUCGCACAAAUUUCAAGAAUUUUGGUAACAUAGUGCUCGAGGAACUAGCUAAAACUACAGGAGAUACAAUCACUCCUAAUGAAAAGGCUACCUGGGAUAAAUUCAUGAAUGCCAUGGUGGAUGCUCUAAACUAAGGCUCAUACUAAAUGUGUGCAUAUUUCCUACAGAUUAUUGCAUUGUGAAAAAUAAAAUAUUUAAA